CACGUAUCUCACGUUACGCAACGCCAUUAACUGAUCGCGAUAUAAUUCUACGACCCAAAUCCGUCCACACGUAAAAUUAUAUACGUUUGAAAUGAAAUUGGACCACUAAACAAAACGCCCUCGUUCUUCAACUAGAUCUUCAACUUUCAGGAAUUAGAUAAAUAAUGUUACACUUGAUAGGAAUAUGUAACAAUGCUCUUUUCCGUUAUGCGGAUUCUCAACAUACUUAAUCCCAACGACAGGCACGCACAGUGAAAGCAUUCACUGAACGGACGACAUUUAUCCACCCGAUAAAGGGUGAACGAUUAUCUGAUCACGAUGCCGUAUUACAAUAGUGGACAUAGUCCUUCCACCUAUAAUAAAGACGGAGGGUCGAGUGGUCCAUCGAGCACAUCUGGUGGCCGUGUGAGUAGUUCCGAGCCGACAUACAUGAUGGAGCAUUUGGCCACGUUCACGGUCACGAAGGAAACCGGUAUUGUUUAUCCAGCGGACGGUAUGCGGCGACUUUUGCAAUUGGAGAAGAGUAACGGCAUCUGGAGUCAAAAGAUGCAGCUCCGUCUGGAACGGAACUGGGUACUGAUUAUGGACAAUGAGACAGGGGCCGUCAUGGAGCGUUUCCCAGCCUCGUUGAUACAGGAACCGACCGCGUUCACGUCGAGGGAUCCUAUGGAGAUGUAUAACAACAUUCUCGUCUUCACAGUGGCGGAUGACAGUGGUUCCGGUCAACGAGCAGAAAUGCAUAUAUUCCAGUGUCAAAGUGUCUCGGCACAAGAUCUCGUCGAGGAUCUGAAGAUGCUGCAAAUGGGUAAACUGGUACCAGGUGGUUCGCCAAGAGGUCCAAGAGGACGUAUUCCACCGCCUCCCACUUUACCACCGCCAGAACCACCCUUAAACGGGGUUAAUGUCCGAGAACAAGUAUCUGCAUUUAGUGCUAACAAUGCCGAUAGUCAAAAUGAUAUAUCUCGUGAGGAGAACAAUGACGAAGUGUCCUCGACAUCUUCCGAAAAAUAUGAACGCGACGUGACGAUCCUGAAUCAUUGUUUCGAUGAUAUUGAAAAAUUUAUCGCGCGUCUGCAAUAUGCGGCGGCCGCUUCUAAAGAAUUGGAACGUCGAAGGCGCAAUCGAAAGUCGAAGAAAAGAAAUCUCGGUGACGGAAUGCUGACAAUGAGAGCCAAACCACCACCAGAGAUGGAAUUCAUCGAUAUCUUUCAAAAAUUUAAGCUGUCGUUUAAUUUGCUGGCUAAGUUGAAGGCUCAUAUUCACGACCCCAACGCUCCUGAACUAGUGCAUUUUCUCUUUACGCCGCUUGCUUUGAUCGUGGACGCAUCUCACGAUACUAAUUACGAUCCUAACUUGCCAAGCAAAGUUGUAUCACCGUUAUUGACUAGAGAAGCGGUAAAUUUGUUGAUUAACUGCGUCACAAGUAAAGAGACGGAGCUUUGGCAUUCAUUGGGCGAUACGUGGUUAAUACCACGCGAUCAAUGGAAAGGUCACGUUCCCCCCUAUCACCCUAUCUUCAUGGAUGGUUGGUCCCCUGAGUAUCCAAUACCAGAAGACAGAGACCACGAUCAUCUUGCUUCGUUAUUGAACGCUGACAAACAGAAGAGGGACGAGCUCCCUGAACAACAGAACGAUUCGUAUUAUAAUCAUCGAGAAGUUGACGAAUCUCAUUAUAGCAGCGAUUAUUUAGAGUACGAGAGCAGAGAAGAGCGUGCCGGUAACGAAUAUUUUGAUAGAAAUUACGGUACCGGUUCAGAGUUGUAUGGUAGAGAAGAAAGAGUCGUCGAUCAAACGAGAGCGCAUAGCGAUAUAUCCGUAGACUCGAUCGAAAGAACACCGAGAACUGCUGGUAUGGAAAGAGCUCAGGAAGCUUGGUUAGACGACUUAGUGGCUAGACACGCGAAAAUCGUGCAAGUUACUUAUCCGAGGACGGCAAACAACGAUAAAGAAUUGACAGUUGUUAGAGGUGAAUACCUAGAGAUUCUCGAUGAUAGCAGGAAAUGGUGGAAGGCAAGAAAUUCCAGAGGCCAGGUUGCCCAUGUGCCACAUACUAUUGUUACACCUCACAAUCCUUCUCAUUCUAACGACAACGAUGUUUUCAACAAUCCUUUGUACACGAGUCGAUAUCCGAGGCAGGGGCACAGCUAUAAUUACGAGGAUUCUGAAAUCGAAAGGACCAGCACAAGUCCAGGACCUGAAGCCACUCAUCGAACUCAUGCGAUUCCACCUCCCGCACCUGCAGAUUGGGUGAGAAAAGAAAGACUUGGGAAAAAAGAUGAAUCUAACGAAGAAACGACGUCUAUCGGUAGUAACAAAGUAAUAUUUGCAAUUAAACCUAACAUCAAUGAAAAAAUAUCAUCCAUCAAUGAAGAUCAGAAAUCAAAAUCCAAUGAAAUGACAGAGGUAGUUGAAAUUCACGCACCACCUCCGGACGUACGUGAAGAAAUCGCGAAGGAAAUGUCGUCAUCAUUAAUAUCAACAAUUACUCCACCACCACCUCCACCGCCUCCUUUAGAAAGUCAGAUAUCUGUUUCUUCGAAUAAUUCAUGCAAAUCAGCUACAUUGAAGAGUAAUCAUACAAUUAGCGGGCUGAAAACCGAGAAACAAGUGCAAGAGGAACUGAAACAAGUAUUAAUGAUAUUUCGUGAGAAGAAAGAGUAUUAUGGCAAGAGUAUAGAUCGUGAGCCUGUCUUGGAUCAAUAUUCCACUCCUAGAGAAGUGCAAAAAUGGCUUACAUUUAAAGGAUAUUCAGAAAAAAUUUGUAAACAAUUAAGAGACAUGGCUGGUUCAGAAGUAUUUGAUUUAACAAAAAGACAAUUGGAACAAUAUUGUGGUAUCGCGGAAGGUGCCAAACUUUUCAAUCAAAUUUUAUUAGCACGAAAUGAAAAUAAGACGAAGAGUUCUCGAACAUCGGAAUUGAAACAAAUAUUAGAAAAAGCUAGACACAAAGUUGAGGAACAAUGAAGCAUUUUCUAUCAAAUACUCUAUAAAUAUAUAAUAAAAAUUAUACAUAUCUUUCAAGUGUAUGUAUUAACAAACAUAUACAUCAAGAAAUUUAAUAUCAAAUUGCAUUUAUUAUCGAAUAAUAAUCAUAUUAUGAUACUAUUUUCCUUUAUG